AUGUCGGGGCAGAAGGGCAGUCUGCCGCUGUCGGUGCAGACGAUGGCAGCGGUGGAGGCUCUGCGCCGUCUGCAGGCACAACGCCCGCAGGCCCAAGGCAUUCCCGCCGCCUGCAGCGUGGCCGACGUCCAGAUUGGAGAGGACUCGUACCGACUGUCACUUCUGCUGGAAAGUUGUUCAAUAGCGGACAAGAACAACCCUCCAAAGAAACCUCCACCCAAAAAGAAAACCGCUCCGAGCGAAAAGAAUGUGAUACGAGAUAAAUGUUCAUAUACCGAGUGCUUCAAGCGAACUUUGCUUUUUGUCUUUCACGUUCUGAGAGUCAAGCAGCUCUUUCUCGUACCGACCCUACUGCAUCGAGUACUUGUGGGAGCGCACAAGCGGACGUGUGCAUACCCUGUGGCAGCUCCUGUGGUAAGCAUGAGGGAAGUUGCAAGACCCACUACAUCUCGCUGGCGCACUGGAUUCGAGCGUACAGCUCUGCAGGUGGAACACAGACGACCACCUCCACCUCCCAUGUUA